AUGUUUCUGGCUGCAGCUGAGGCCAGCAUUAGGGAGACCACGUCCCGUCCGUUCGUGAUCCACAUGAGGGAUGCGGAGAGCAUGCAGCCCCCCUACAGAAGGGAUGCUGGGGUGUGGAACCAAACCAAGAGCCUCCUCUACAAGAACGUUCUGAUCAAAUGGAGGACCAAGCAGCAGAGUCUCCAGGAGCUGAUCCUGCCCCUGCUGCUGCUGGCCCUGCUGAUCCUCAUCAGCAUCCUGAACCCCCAUGUCUACUACAGCGGCAUCUCCACCAUGGAGCUGGAGCGAGAGGACCACUACUUCCUCAAGGGGCUGGGCUACACGCCCAUCACCAACGUCACCACCCACAUCAUGGAGGAGGUGGCCCAGGAAAUGCUCAUCCGGGACCGGCUGGAGAUGUUCUCGAGCGAGGAGGAGCUGGAGAACGCCAGCCUCCACGAGCCCUCGGGCUUCGUGGGCGUGGUGUUCCUGGAUGCUGCCGCCACCUCCUACCGGCUCCGCUACCCCUACAACCAGCUGCCGCUGCCCAGCGACUACACCGAGUCCAUCGCUAACUGCUUCGCCAGCUCGCUGAACUGCAGGGCGGCCAACUACUGGUACUCGGGCUUCAUCCGCCUGCAGACCCUCAUCGACUCCACCAUCAUCCAGAUGCAGACCAAGCGCUCGGUGUGGAGUGAGAUGAACCUGCGGGUGGUGAUGAUGGGCCAGCCGGGCUCGGUGGAGGUGCAGAAGUUCUCCCACGCCCUGAUCUCCAUCUACCUGGUGCUGACCUUCACGCCCUUCGUCACCUUCCUCAUCGUCAACGUGGUGGCGGAGAAGGAGCAGCGUCUGAAGGACACCAUGACCAUGAUGGGCCUGUACGACACGGCCUUCUGGCUGUCCUGGGGUCUGCUGUAUGCGGGCCUGGUCCUCAUCAUGUCCGUCCUGAUGGCGCUCAUCGCCACCUACACGGCGCUCUUCCCCAACAGCGACUUCUUCGUCAUCUUCCUGCUCAUCUUCCUCUACGGCAUCUCCUCCAUCUUCUUCUCCUUCCUGCUGACCCCCCUGUUUAAGAAGCCUAAGUUUGCCAGCACGGUGGGCAGCCUUCUGACCGUGGUGUUCGGCUGCCUGUCGCUCUUCACCGUGCUCAUCAACGACUUCCCCCAGCCGCUAGUCUGGCUGCUCUGCCUGCUGUCCCCCAGCGCCUUCUCCCUGGGCAUCGCACAGGUGGUGUAUCUGGAGGCCCAGGGUGACGGAGCAGUGUUCUCCACCCUGACCAACGGCCCCCACCCGCUCUACGUUCCUCUGCUCAUGCUGCUGCUGGACUGCGGCCUCUACCUGCUGCUGGCCGUCUACCUGGACCAGGUGCUGCCCGGGGAGUUCCGCAUGAGGCGCUCGGUCCUCUACUUCCUGAAGCCGUCCUAUUGGUCGCAGCGUAAGAAGCGUUACGUGGAGGUGAGCUCUGUGUACGAGGCGGAGUCGAACGGCGCCCCCGCUGGAGAGGAGGCCAUCGAGCCCGUGUCCCUGGAGUUCAGAGGCAAAGAGGCCAUCCGCAUCCACAACAUCCAGAAGGUCUUCAAGGAGAAGGACAGCGUGGUGAACGCACUCAGAGGCUUGACCUUUGACAUCUACGAGGGCCAGAUCACGGCCCUGCUGGGACACAGCGGCGCCGGUAAAUCGGCCCUGAUGAACAUCCUGUGUGGCAUCAGCCCGCCCAGCGGGGGCGCGGCCAGCCUGUACGGCCAGCCCGUGGCGGACCUGGCGGAGGGGCCGGAGCUGAAGCAGCUGGUGGGCGUGUGUCCGCAGUUCAACAUCAUCUUCGACGUGCUGACGGUGGAGGAGCACCUCAACAUCUUCGCCGCUAUCAAGGGCAUCCUGCCCGCCGACGUGGACGCGGAGGUGAAACGGGUUCUGAAGGAGCUUGACAUGGAGAAGAUCAUGGAUGCCCAGGCCAGGAACCUGAGCCGCGGCCAGAAGAGGAAGCUCUCGGUGGGCAUCGCUAUCCUAGGAGACCCUAAGAUCCUGCUCCUGGACGAGCCGACAGCGGGCAUGGACCCGUGCUCGCGGCACCAGGUGUGGUCUCUGCUGAAGAAGCGCCGUGCGGGCCGGGUCACGGUGCUCAGCACCCACUACAUGGACGAGGCCGACAUCCUGGCCGAUCGCAAAGCGGUGAUUUCUCACGGCCAGCUCAAGUGUGUGGGCUCCUCCCUUUACCUGAAGACCAAGUGGGGCGUGGGAUACCACCUCCGAAUGUCGCUCGGUGACGGCUGCAAGACGGAGAGCAUCCAGGAAGUGGUCCAGCAGCACGUCCCCACGGCAACGCUGCUACGGCAACGGGACACGGAGCUCACCUUCACGCUGCCCUUCGAGAGCAUAGACGCCUUCACAGGCCUGUUCUCUGAGCUCGACUCCCAGGCACACCUCGGGGUGGUCAACUACGGCGUCUCCAUGACUACGCUGGAGGAUGUUUUCCUCCGCUUGGAGGCCGAGGCAGAAGUGGACCAAGCCGACUACAGCGUGUUCAACCAGGACCAGGAGGAGGACGAGGGGGACUCCUGCUCCCUGGACGACACGGACCAGCGGCUGCUGACCUUCUCCGACGGGCGCUCCAGCCCCGCGGCGGGACGGGUGCUCUGGAGGCAGCAGUUCAGCGCCGUGGCCUGGCUGCACAUGCUCAACAUGGUCCGCGAGAGGAAGGCCUUCAUCUACAUUCUGGGCAUGCUGCAGGUGUUUGUGCUGGCCAUGGUGAUGCUGUCGCUGGUCACCGGACACAUCCAGAUCCACUCCUCGGACCGCGAGUUCCGGCCCCUCUACCUGCUGAAGAGGAGCCAGGCCCCCAGGAAGUACGCCACCAGCCUGCUGGUCCAGAACUCCUCCGACUCGGACAUCUCCGGCUUCAUACACAACCUGGAGGCCCAGGACAUCAAGGUGGAGCUGAUGAAGCAGAACGACUACAUGGCCGCCGCCCCGCACAGCGCAGCCAUCAACGUCACCGGAUCCAGCAAGGGCUUUGAGUACAGCCUGGCGUUCAACAGCACCACGGUGCACUCCCUGCCCAUGACCGUCAACGUCCUGAGCAACGCGCUCCUCCGGGGCCUCAACGGAACCGGUCGGAUCCGGACCUGGACCAAACCCUUCGACUACCAAAUCCCCGACACCAUGUCCUACGUCAUGGUGUACAUCGAGGCCAUCAUACUGGGUAUGUUGGCCGCUGGGAUGCCGGCCUACUUUGCCAUGGACCACACACGGGAUCGGGAGAUCAAGUGUCGCUCCACCCUGCGUAUCUCGGGCCUGAUGCCGUCGGCCUACUGGUGCGGCCAGGCGGCGGUGGACGUCCCCCUCUUCUACCUCAUCCUCUGCUCCAUGGUCACCAUCUUCUUCGCCUUCCACACGGGGAACCUGCUGAGCUCCGUCAACAUGACCUGCGUGAUGGUGUGCACGGUGGGCUUCGGACCGGCCAUCAUCCUCUUCACCUACGUGGUGUCCUUUGGCUUCACCCGCGUCCAAAGCAACCGCGACUUCCUGUCUGUCAUCUCCAUGAUGGUGUGCAUCGUGACGGCCUCCUUCGUCAAGCUCCUGUUCAUGAACGGCAACCAGCUCCUCACACGGACUCUGCUCCUCCUCCUGUGCCUGUUCAACCCCCUCUACCCCCUCAUGGCCUGCCUCAACAUCAUCACCAAGGCCACCUUCCUCCCGGCGCUCUACAAGGAGAACCUGCUGUGGAAGAACCUGAUGGUAGCCGUCAUCGCCCCCUACCUGCAGUGUGUGGUCCUGCUCUACCUGCUCUACUGGCUGGAGCAGAGACAGGCGGGGGGGGGCCCCAAGACUGACCAGUUCGGAAGGUUCAUCACAUCCCGGGCGGAGCGGGCCCCCGAGGAGCCUCAGAGUGAGGACGAGGACGUGCGUCUGGAGCGGGGCCGCGUGGCCGAGGCCCUCAGGGGCCCCUGCACUGAGGAGAAGCCCGUGGUGGUGGUCAGCAACCUGACCAAGCAGUACAAAAGGGAGGGGGAGGACCCCCCACUCAGCAGGAGAGGGAAGCUGGCCGCCCAGAGCAUCUCCUUCUGCGUCCGCAAAGGAGAGGUUCUUGGGCUGUUGGGCCCCAACGGCGCUGGGAAGAGUACAAUCAUGCACAUGCUGUCAGGGGACAUCCGCCCCACUGCGGGCCAGGUCCUGAUGGACGACAGCAGCUCGGAGUACCGGCCGGCGGGCGCGGCCCAGCAGCAGGUGGGCUACUGCCCCCAGGUCAACCCGCUGUGGCCCCGGGUCACGCUCCGGGAGCACCUCGAGUUCUACGCCGCCGUCAAGGGGCUGCAGGGGUACACCGUCCCCGACGUCAUCAAGCGCGUGGUGAACGCCCUGGAGCUGAAGGAGCACCUGGACCAGCAGGCCAAGAGCCUGUCAGCGGGGGUCAAGAGGAAGCUGUGCUUCGCGCUGAGCAUGCUGGGUAACCCCCGGGUGGUGCUGCUGGACGAGCCGUCCGCCGGGAUGGACCCCAAGUCCAAACAGCGCAUGUGGCGGGCCAUGCGCUCGGCCUUCCGGGACCCCCAGCGGGGGGCCGUCAUCACGACCCACUACAUGGAGGAGGCGGAGGCCGUGUGCGACCGCGUGGCCAUCGUGGUGUCGGGACAGCUGAGGUGCAUCGGGUCCAUCCAGCACCUGAAGGCGCGCUACGGCCGGGGCUACAGCCUGGAGGUGACGCUGAAGGAGGGGCCGUCCGGGCUGCAGCCCGCCGCACUCAUGCACCACGAGAUCCUGCGCAUCUUCCCGCACGCCGUCAGACAGGAGAGCUUCACCACCCUCAUGGUUUAUAAGAUCCCCAUGGAGGACGUCCAGUCGCUGUCCAAUGCAUUCUCCUGCUUGGAGCGUGCGAAACAAUCCUUCAACUUCGAGGGCUACAACUUCUCCCAGUCCACGUUGGAGCAGGUGUUCAUGGAGUUCGCCAAGGAGCAGGAGAAGGAGGAGGACGAGGGGGGCUCCCUCAGCACCACCUUCCAGUGGCAGCGCCUCCACCCGGACGGCGCCGCUCCACCCAACCAGCCGGACAGCAUGGUGCAGCAGCUCUGAGCACCGCCGCCCCCUGCAGGCCAGGACACCACCGCCCCCUACAGGCCAGGGGUGGAAGGACAGGACUAAAGCGUGGCACUGGCGGUGGUGGUGGAGGUGGUAAGGUCCCCCCCCCCCCCCACCUGCCCCCCACAGACACAGGGACCACUGGGACUCUGUGAUUGGCAGGACCCUGGUUUGGAGGUAGAGCAUCCAGGUGUGUGUGCGUGUGUUUGUAUUAUGCUCUUUUGUAUUAUUAUUGUUUGAAAUGGGUCGGUCAAAAAAAAAAAAAAAGAAGAAUUAUAUGACUAAAUAUGAUGCGUAUGCUUUUCUAAUUGUGUCUGUUGAAGGCGGGGAAUCAGUAGUUCCACCUGUUCUCGCUCUGCUCCUCAAAUCGUGGCCCGUUGGGAAGUUUCUGUGUGAAACUGUCUGUGUGUGGUUGUCUGUGUCUGUCUGUUUGUGUGUCAUUUAACACUGGUCCGUCCCGAUCCACAAAGUACCAAAGCAGCGCGUCUUUAAACCACUUGUGAUUGUGCACACACCUAAACACACCGCUGUAACACGGGGAGGAGUUUCUACACGCUCAGUAGCAUGUGAAUAAAUGUUUAUAAAUUGAAGAACAGUUCCAAGCGAGGCCACUUGUUGCAGUGCAGGUCGGCCUGCAGUGACCUCUAGUGGUUCCUCGCACUGAUUGCAGAUGAGCGCAAAUCCAGACAAUAGUAGAAGACGCGGUUCUCUUCUUCUUCGCAACAGCAUGCAAGCCAGAGAGAAGGCUGUAUUAUUGUUAUUAUUUGCUUAGUUUUCGUUUGGCAAAGGAUGGUCUUGGGGUUCUAUGCCUGUUGCAUGGACCUAUUAAAGAAGGCGUUGUGUCACCUCUCCUCCUUCAACGCGGCAUCGCUACCGUGGGCAGAACACCACAGAAUAUGCACAACAGUACAUGUAGCACACACGCGACAUUUGUCUCGAAUGCCAUCCUCAGUUGUGGAGACAUCAAUUGUGUGUGUGUGUGUGUGUGUGUGUGUGUGUGUGUGUGUGUGUGUGUGUGUGUGUGUGUGUGUGUGUGUGGGGCAGAUCAAAGUACUAUGUGUAGCUUGUCGUCACAGUUUCACUUUGGUGCCACUUUUAAACACACCGAUGCGUUUUGGUACAUUUAUCUAACUGGAAUGGUGUGUGUGUCCUAAUGCUAUAAACAUGUAAAUAUGUGUGUGUGUAAGAUGAAUCCACUUUGGGUGUGUAUCUAGCCUGCACACGAGUCUAGAUCUGAUGUAAUGUUGUCUAACGGGGUUCAGAUGACCCAUGCAGGAGCCGUCUUUACACAACGCACUUCCAAAUCUACUGAGGCAUUGCCUGGUUCUGUUGUGAUUGACUCCUUUUUAAAAAAAUUAAAACCUGAAAUGAGCAACUCUGGAUAACAGCAUGAUACUAAUGGCGGCUGGCUUGUUCAAACGUUACCGCAUACUCCGAGCACUUCUCCAGCUGGCUGCAGUCCGUCUCUGUUCGAAUCCGAUACUCAAUGUCACGUUUAUUCUCUACUUGACUGUUUCAGAGAGCUUGGGGUAUGAGCGUCACAUUUUGGAGUUUAUAUUAUAUCGUUCUCAUUUGUUCGUCCCGUUAAUGUCUCCUUCUUGACGUGGAGAAAGUUACCGAAAGGGACAGGCCAUGCAAGAGGUGCUAGCCAUCGUUGAUAUGGAAAGCACUGGCAACAGCCAUCACUAGUUUGUAUUGGGCUAGCUAUCACAUUAACAUCAGGCGUUUCAAGGCAUUCCUGGCCAGGCGUGGUUUUUGGUUAGCCAUAACCAUAAUUCUUUACACUUAAUUUUGGGGUAUUAAAGGCUAUGGAGUAAAAAUGUUUUGUUGAGAUAAUAAUCAAUAAUUUGAUUAUUUGUCACAUGAAAGUAUGGAACAAAUAUUAUGCAGGGUGAGAGAAACAAUAACAAAAGCGAUUUGGAUCAUAUUCAAGGAUUAUUUAAUUCUUUAAUGCAUACAUCUGGAAAAAACGAAAAAAAAAAAAAUUGUAGUACAUGAGUGGCUCUUGCUCUUGCCCCUAGAAUCUCAACUCGCAAAUAAUUUUUGAUAUUAAGAUCUUUUAGAUCCUGUAAUAUUUUCCCAGUCUCAUCCUUCCCAGGAAGCCAGCCUUUUGCCAUACUGUACAAUACAACUGAGAGAACAUAGGAUGGAAUGGUUUUCUUUACCCUCUUUUGCAAUGCUAGUGUGUUCCUUUUGCGUCAAACAUUCUCUAACUUUGCGAUUCUUGUCUCUGUCCAACCUGACGAUUUCUGCGUCCUUUUGAAUAAGAUGUAGCCAGACAAGUAACAUCGACUUUCUUUGCACUUCUCGAAUGCCUGCUACCAGAUCCACAAGAAAACGCAUCCAGAAAAACACUCCUUGCCUCCAUACAACGGCAUUAAAGGGCGAUAGGUAUUUCAAUUUGAGUAGUUGUUUUUCCUUGGUGGAGGUACAAUUGCACUAUUUCUGGGAAAUGUUUUAUAAUGGUUCUGUAUAUUAUGCAAUCUUUGUAAGAUUAUCUCUACACUGAUUUUUAUUUUUUAAAGAUUGUAGUUUAGCAGUGUGCUGUAUUUUUGCUUCUUUCUCUAGCCUUAAUAUUAAGAUGAUGUUGAUGGUUUUAUCUUUGUGGUUUCUAUCUUAUCCUGUCAUGAAUAAAAUAAAUGUAAAAUGA